AACAAUAAUGGCGUCGGAUUUGUCUCUGGAACCUGCAGAAAAGAAAGCCAGAUUGAAUAAUAUAAGUGAGGGAUUACUUGAAAAUAUGAAAGAAGGAGUAACAUUUCCUCGACCUGUUCUGGCAAAUGAGUACACGCGCGAUUUUCAAACAGUGCAAGUUUACGCAGCUGAUGUAACGGACAAAACACAAACAUCGCAACUGAUAAGAGAUUUAAAUGAAAUAUUGCCAUUGAAGGAAUUAGGACAUUUAAGACGAGUGCGAUGCCACAAAGUCAACGACGAAUCACUUCUACAAAUAAUCUUAUUUGUAAGGAAUGAGGUAACAGCAGACAAUUCAUUUACUCAACUUAUACAACAAAACAAGACAGCAGCAAAUUUUCUUGGGGAGCCCUUUGUGGCUAAUGUGGCAAAACAUCCACCUUUGACUAGAGAGCAGUUUAACCAAGCAUCUCUCCUUUGGCCUGUCAAUUUUCAUGAAGACAAAUAUGUUUCAAGAGCAUUAAAAGGGGAAUUAUUUAACAAAGAUGAAGUGGCAUUGAUUGAAAAGUUCAUGAGAAUGGCAAUAGUGGAAACACAGAAUAUGACAUCCAGAAAGUUUCCUAUUGGAGCUGUGAUUGUUGAUCCACAGAAGAACCAGCCUAUAGCUGUGUGUCAUGACUUAAGAUGUGCAGGACACCCACUCCAACAUGCUGUCAUGGUUUGCCUGGAUCUAGUGGCACACAGUCAGUCAUCAGGUGCUUGGAAACUUGACUGCCAAGAGGUAAAUGAAACAUGGAAAUUGAAAGAAAAAGGAUCACAAUUACAGCAAAGAACUUGCUGCUUUUGUUCUAAAAAUGAUUCUAAAGACUGCAGCCCAAUGGAAAAAGGUUCAGUGGGUGAGAGAUUUAUUCAUUAUGGUGAGCUGUGCAACUCGCUGAAAAAUGCUGACAACAAAUGCAAGUCAUUGCCUUAUCUAUGUACUGGAUAUGAUCUUUAUGUUACAAGGGAACCUUGUGCUAUGUGUGCAAUGGCAUUGGUGCACUCAAGAAUCAGACGGGUUUUCUAUGGUUGUAGUGACAAUAAAACUGGUGCUCUAGGCAGCAGAUAUAAGAUUCACACUCAAACUGGACUUAACCAUCAUUAUGAGGUGUUCUGUGGAGUGCUGGAGGAUGAGUGUAGAGCUUUAUUUGAGAGAACUCCUUCUUAGCAAAUCAGUCGCAUGCAAGUGACAGAAGCUGUGACACCCCAGGACUCCUUAGAGUCAUGUCCCAUGCUUUGCUGAGUUUUAACUUAGUUGAGUUUUAUUGAGUUUUAAUGGUUAAAAGUUUUUGUUAAUUGAGAAGAUGAAAGUUACCACUUAAGUGAUUUUGUCUGCUACUGGAACAAAAACUUGGUCUUAAGAUAAAAAAUUUA